AGUAUGGCAGAGUUGAUUUCGAGCUCACGCUGGCCUUCGCAUGAGAUGAUACUCUUUCAUAAUCUCGAAGAGCUCAAACUUGCUCGCGAAAGACAGUGUUCCAUCUGCCGCUGCAUAUCGCGAAGUAUUGACGCCAGCGAACUCGAACAGCUCCGCGGCGGUCCGUAUGAGACAUCACUAAUUCUGACCCCUAGUACUGGCAGGCCUUCUUUGCGUGUCCGCCUAACAGAUUGCUCUGGAGACUCUCCGACUGAGAUCGUUGUCGAGAAUAUUGCUACGUACUAUCCAAGUAUCAUGAAGUCGCCCUCACUCGCUACUACAUUGGGUCGCUGCUCAGAGUUGGAAAACAACAGCACUGGAUCGCUAGCUAGUUUUGAGCUUGCAAGAUAUUGGUUGAGCGAGUGUUUGGAGAAGCAUCCUGACUGCCCGAAGCCUGGAUUGAGCAAGUUACCAACCCGUCUUCUCGAUGUCGAGCCUUUGGACCAACCGCAGUCGGUCAGGCUUGUAGAGUCAGCAGAAAUACUGGACUCGCUACCACCAUCUCAGCGAAGGUAUAUCGCUCUGUCACAUUGCUGGGGCAAAGAACAGAUCCUCACUACGACCUUAGCUACUUUACAAGAUCGGAAAACGAAUAUUUAUAUGGAGGAUCUGUCAAACACAUUCCGCGACGCCGUGAUAGCAACUCGCUGUCUAGGACUGCGUUACUUGUGGAUAGAUAGUAUGUGUAUCAUACAAGAUUCGGCUGAAGAUUGGAAAAACGAAAGCGUUCAGAUGUGCGCCGUGUAUCAGGGUGCUGUGGUCACCAUCGCGGCAGCGCAUGCAAGCAGUGGCCAUGGAGGCUGCUUUGCUCAACGAGAUGGGUCAGCACAAAUGCCGUUCAGCAUGCCUUUCCAUACCUCUGAAAGCGCAGAGACUACCAACGUAUUUUUCCUGCCGCUCUCAGUCUCUGGUAUGUCCCUAAACAUAUCAGACGAGCAGCCGUUACUUACUCGCGCAUGGGUACUCCAAGAGCAGGUUCUAAGUCGGGCACUGCUUGUGUAUCAUAGAGAAGAGCUGUGGUGGGAGUGUCAUACCAUGCAGAUGUCGGAGAGAAGCCCCGAUGGCGCAUCCCUCAUGCGCGCGUAUGAAAAUUUAACCCGCGCUCUUGUCGGUAUGAACGAUCCAUUCGAUUCCAUCAGACCUGAUGUAAGCUCUGCUUGGCUCGAGGGACAGACAGAUGAAGAAGACCUAGAAAGGGGCAUGCACACCCAAUGGUGCGAACUUGUAAUGGACUAUACUAGGCGAGGCAUAACGAAAACAACGGACCGGCUCAUUGCACUUGAUGGAAUUGCGCAAACAAUAUCGAGUCGAACACCUAACCGCUACAUCGCGGGCUUAUGGCGUGAUCAACUAGUGCCUGGCUUGAUGUGGAGUAUUCCUUGGGACACGCAUUACGGUCUCCAAUUCUGGGAACAAGCAAAGGAUCCAACACUUUCCUUGUGCUCAAGUCGUCACGAAACUGUACUUGCACCUUCAUGGUCCUGGGCAUCCGUGACAUUCCCGGUAACAUGGCCGUUCAUCUCCGAAACGUAUUCAAUGCUAGCUGGGAUGAAACUGUUGUGCGAUGUCGUGGAUGUAGGCGUAAAAGGGACCCCAUUUUACCAGAAGGGCGCGGUCGUCAUCCGAGGACUCAGUCAUAGCCUCUACGUCGACCCUGUCUACCAGCAAUACCACUUUACCGGCAAGAGCAGGGAUAACCCUAGAAUAGGAGAAUUGGGCAUAUCAGAGCAUAACAGAUCUGAACCAUCCAGCUUUCCCAGUACCUGUUCCGUUUCACUCGUACCUGCCAAUCGCCCCGCUGAUUUCCGUCCAUUUCCCAUGCUCUUUCUACCAGAUGAACUCCUCGAUCGCAGAGACAAAAUAACGUUCCUCGCCCUCGCCGAGGUUCCACCCAGCGGACACCCAACCACUUUGGAACACCACAGCAUGCAUUCCAUAUUGACACUAGCGCUCAUCCCUACCGGCAGGAACCCUCAUGAAUAUCGCCGCGUGGGCCUCGCUCGAUGGUACAACUGUUCUUGGUACGGAUACUACUGUAUUGGUGACUCGUACUACCGUUCGCAUUGGGAGGAACUCCGGAUACAAAAGAUGACUCGGGGAUGGCGGAUGGCGCUAAGAGAUCUUUUGAACAAGUGUUGGUGUUGGCUGAUAGGAGGACUGCUGAAUCAACCUAUCAUCCAGCAUCCUGUUGGGAAGCUGUGGUGGUUUUCGCAUCUAGUGAAUGGAAAGUGGGGGCGGCAUUGUCGUAGCCUAGAUCCAAGAACAUCGCAAUCGUAUCGGAAUGGGUGGGAGGCCAAGUUGGAAACAAUAACUAUAGUAUAGCUCGUAGGCGACCUCAUCUGUAGAUAAUUUAGCGCGAGCACACGAUUUGAACGUACGAUCAGUGUUCGUGUUGACCUGC